AUGACGAUAUUUCAAGAUGAAGACCUCGAGGCAAUCACACUUCUCGAACGGCCAUGGACCGCCGAGAAACUGCUUGAAGUAAGGACGGGUAGAGUAAGGCCUGUGUUCGGAAUCCAGGUCCAAUCUGCCAUUUUCAAGAAUGUCCGACCAGGUCCUGUCGCCGUCGACAAGUUGGGAUGCGACGGUGACCAGCACGCCUUCGAGCUUCAUGGCGGCCCCGACAUGGCACUACUGCAAUACAGCACGCUCCACUAUCCUCGAUGGAAAAAGGAGCUACCUGAUAGCGCACAUUUGUUCGUCCCAGGCGGAUUCGGUGAAAACCUCGUGGCAAAGUACGCCAACGAGCGAAACAUGUGCGUUGGCGACAUCAUCCAGAUUGGAACUGUCACUGCCCAGGUUUCGCUUCCCCGUCAGCCAUGCUUCAAAUUGAAUCACCGAUUUCAGAUUAAGGAUAUGUCCAAGCGCUCCCAGGAUCUCUUCCGGACCGGGUGGAUGUACCGAAUCCUGAAGGAAGGCACCGUUCAGGCUGGAGAUGAUAUGGUUCUUCUCCGACGACCACAUCCCGAAUGGACGAUAGCCAAGGUUCAACACUAUCUCUACCACGAUUUGCGGAAUGAAAGGGCCAUGAGACAACUGAUCGAAAUUGAGGAGCUAGGCGCUGAAGCUCGGACUAUUUUUGAAAAUCGUCUCAAGAAGCAGUACGAGGACUGGGAGGGACGCCUCACCGGGGGAGAUGGCAUGGCAAUGGAUCUUUGGGCAAGCUACAGACUCGUCCAGAAGCAAAAAGAGACCCCAAGAAUUGUCUCCCUGACAUUCGAGAGAAUUGACCCACUAUCAAACGCUGAAGAGGUUCAGCCAGGGUCGCAUGUGCGCGUGAAGCUGGGCGACCGAAAGUUAGUGAGGGCUUAUUCAGUCGUGGCAGGUGAUACAAAUCGUUUCGAGCUCGCUAUUGCGCUGAACGAGAAAAGCCGUGGAGGAUCACACUUCAUCCACCAAGACCUACACCUGGGCGAUACGUUGCUGUUUGGAAAGAUUACGCCGAGCUUCCCGCUUUCGAGUGAGGCCGACGAGCAUGUCUUCAUCGCUGGCGGCAUUGGUCUGACCGCAUUCAUUGCCUCAGCAGCCCGCUGCCAGCGGGAGGGUUUGUCUUAUCAUCUACAUUAUCUGGUCCGAAGCUCGCGCGACGUGGCUCUGAAGAGAUUUCUCCAACCAUUGGGACCAAAUGUAACCAUCUACGACAAGUCCGCCGGGAAGGAGUUCAAGGCCGCGACGGUGAUGGGAAAGAUGACACACAACACACACAUCUACUGCUGCGGCUCCAAUCGACUCCAGAAAGCCAUUGUGGAGACAGGCCAAUCGAUGGGUGCAUGUCCCAGUCAUCUCCACUUCGAGACCUUCGAAGUCGCCACUUCUGGAGAUCCUUUCGUGGCAGAAUUGGGCGAUUCAGGAAGGACGCUGUCUGUGGCGGGAGAGAAGACUCUGCUCGAUGCGCUGCGAGAGGCUGGAUUGGAGGUUUCAUCUUCCUGUGAGGCUGGCAAUUGUGGCACUUGUCGUGUUGGUGUCAGAAGUGGCAGUGUGGAACACCGAGGGACCGGGUUGAUGGAAAAUGAAAAGAGUUCGGCCAUGCUAAGUUGUGUAUCUAGAGGCAUUGGCACAAUUGUGCUAGAUUUGUAG